CCUGUCCCGGUGCAUUGUUGGAAACAUGUUGAGCUAGCGUAAUUUCUUUAAUUAAAAAAUAUAUACAGUACAUUUCCCAGCCAGAUAGGUUCAUCGUUUCGAGAUUCCUUUUUAACAUUUUUCAUAUAUACACCCAGUGGAGUACAUUGUAUGGUGAGGACUAUCGCGUUGACGGUCACCAUGGCGCAGGAGGAGGACGAACACACCCUGCAGGAUAAAUUUGCUGCUGCAGUUAAAGUGAUCAGGAGCUUGCCGAGAGAAGGUCCUUUCCAGCUGUCAGAUGACAUGAACCUGAUGUUCUACAGUUACUACAUGCAGGCCACCUCAGGGCCUUGCACGACAGAAAGACCGUUUCGGAUCUGGGAGAGACACCAGAAAGCUCAAUGGGAUAAAUGGAACUCUUUAGGGAACAUGACAAAGGCGGAAGCCAUGAAGAAGUAUGUUGAAAACAUCCAGCUGAUUUUGGAGACCGUGCCCGUCUCAAAUGAAGUUUCUGACCUGGUGCAGCAGCUUGGAAAUUUCUACACAGAAGUUGAAUGUGAAGAGAAUGAGGUGGACAGCAGACCUUUCACAAGGCCUUUUGCAAAACAAGAAGGAGUGCUGGUCUCUCCUAAGAAACCUGCAUUGGAAGGCUAUGGAGGUCUGUGGAACGAUAUACAAGACAUCCAAGAAAAAGACAGCGUUCAUAGCAUGAGCUCCAAUGGGGAUGAGGCAGAGGGAUGCAAGGGUCGUAGUGAAGAUCUGGGAAAAGAAGACAAAAGUGAGGACAAUGAGACUGACAGUGAUGAAGGCAAGGUGGAUAAAAAAGAUUGGACCCCCCCGCUGGAGGACGAAGGGUGGUGGUGUGACACCAGGGCAUCCAGCAGCAGCAUGGAGCCGAGCGUGUCCUCCUUGACUAACGCCACCCACAGCUCCCUAAACAGUGAGAUAGAUGAGGAGGAGCUGCCCUGCUCUGUUGAGCCCAGCAUAUGCAGCAGCCCCAUCGACGUGCACUUUAAUGGACACUUGAGCGAUCACAAAGAUAUUGAGGAAAACGAUCAUCCCGCAGAUUCUGAAAAUGAGGAAUUCUGUGAUUCAAUGGAGGACGUGGCCACGGAGAAGAUGCUGUCCACUUCCAAACUUGAGUCAGCCGGAUCACCGACUGCCUCAGUGAGGGAGCAAGAUCUUUGGUUUGAGAGCUCCUCCACUCUUAAAGCAGAAGAUAGCUCACUCAGGGGAGAGUCUUGCCCUCAAGAACCUCACAACGCUACCUCCGUCAGAGAGUCACCGAAGACCGCUUGCAUCUCUCAGCCGCGUUUGCCGUCCUGCGACAGCGCGUCACAGUGCGCACGCCCCUGCGCUGCUUCCUGGGGAAACGUCGACGAGCAGGUAGCAGCGGCUCUGUUGAGGCUGCAGGAUGACAUGGCCCACGUGCUGCAUCGCCUGCGCACCCUGGAGGAGCUCAGUGUGACGCAGGGAAAGGAGUCAAGAUCAUCUUCAUCAAGGUGUGAGGACCCCCUCCCUGUUGCACAAAAGGUGUCUUUACAGUUUCUUAAACCUUCUUGGUGGCCAUUUGACCAUUCGCCAGUUACCGUGGUGAUGACCGCACUCUGGCCCGCUAUUGCGUAUGGACUAGUCCAGCUUUAUUCAAAUCGUAGGAGACGGAAAAUCCCUUGAAUCGAUCCUGGUGCGUGGAGAACGGGAUUUGUGUUGCUCUCCUGUUUCCCGGACAGACCUGAGGCAUCGUGGUGGGAAAAACAAAGCUGAAAAUCAAGUACUCAAGACUGUGGAUAUGAAAGAUUGUUGCAUAUGUAACUACUGACUGCGUAUUCAACUGAAGCAAACGUCAUUUCAAAAAAGAAUUAUUUUAAUGUCCUUGAGAAAGCCACUGGUUAUUUAUUUAUUGUAGUUCAACAUUUAAGGGAACAACACAGAAAUGUACACUGAAUGUUAGUGAAGUUCAUUUUAGAAUAGUUGUGUUCAACAGAACAAGAGUAAAGACAAUCAACAUGUAGUAUUUUAUGAUGUACUCUAUUUAUUUUACCGUAGCGAACAACUAGAAUGGCAGGCUUGCUGCUUUUCACUCAGGUUGCCAGAUGGAUUCUGUACUCCUGAAUGUGAACCUGGGCUGUUUUCAUGAAAUGCAAAGUAUCUAAAAAUAAACUUUUUAGAUUAAACGAGGGCUGCUCUCUAUUGAAAUGGGAAAAUACGUACACAGUAAGUCAGCACAAAGAUUGUGGGUCGGAACCUUGGCAUAGUUUUUCAAAGUGGACUUUUAAUUCUUAAUAUUAUUUAAUUGUAAUUAUUUUAAGCCUGUAUAUCCCAAAGUACGAUGGAGUAUUAGGGCCACGUUGAAAAAAAAAAAAUCUUGAGAUUUUGAGAAUAAAGUCGUAAAUUUAAGAGAAUGAAGUCGUAAAUUUAUGAGAAAAAGUAAUACUUUUUCCCAAAGCCAAAGGUCACAUAAGUCCUGCCUUUUCACAGCUGUUUCAGGCAAUGCCUGUUACGACGGAGUAUUAAAAUAAUCGGCGAUUUCGAGCAUAAAGUCGUACAUUUACGACAAAGUCGUAAGUUUACGAGAAAAAAGUUUGGACAGCUAUGAAAAGGGGGUACUUAUGUGACCAUUGGCCUUGGGCAUGUGGAGGGGGCGGGGUAAGGAAGGCGGAAGUGAGAAGGGCUAGCUAGCCAUGCUAAUCUAUCUGUGCUCAAUUGCUGUGUUUUGCUGCCACGUUAUAAAUAAAAGCUUGCCUGAAGCAUAAGAAAAGUUUCCUUCCUUCCUGAAGAGCUAUGCUCUAUU